UGUAUCUAAUCCCCCCAGUUUCGAGCAUUGUUCCUCUAUCUUAAUUCGGUGUGCAAAUAAAAUGACGCGCGUCCCGAUAAGAUCUUCCUUGAAAAGUCGAGAUUCCAGUUCGUCGAUGACCGAUCCGGAUCUCAGGGAACGAAUAAAGGAUUAUUGCCGAAAAUUUGUCGCCUUCAUGUGCACUCAGGUUGGCGUCGGUGGACUAGUGGUUGGUUACGCCAUAAUAGGUGCUUUCGGUUUUAUGAUGAUAGAGUCUCAGAGCCAAAUCCCAUCGACAGUCUGCAUUCGAGAACUAAUCAGGAAACAAUUCGCCGAAGAGCUGUGGCUCAGUACUGCCAGCAAUCGGACUAUAAAUAUCUUCGAUAAAACGACAUUUCACACGGUGUCGAACCGAAUUCUGCGUCGUUAUCAAGACAACUUCACCGGCGACUACAGAAAAGAGAACUGUAGUGGCUUAACGGCAACUGAUCUGUGGUCCUUCCCAGCAGCCAUGAUGUUCUGCCUUUCUGUGUUCACGAUGAUCGGUUAUGGGACUCUGGUGCCUCAAACUCCCUGGGGAAAGGCGGUUACAGUUAUUUACGCCGUGUUAGGAAUUCCCCUUUACGUUCUGUAUUUCCUUAACAUGGGCAAGGUAUUAGCGCAAACGUUCCGCUCGCUGUACACGUGGCUGCACGAGUGCACCGGCAAACGAAAGCCUGGCCAAAGGAUCACGGUGCCGUCGACAGCGUGCCUCUGGGUAAUCUUCGGAUACGUGUUAAGUGGUUCGAUAAUGUUCGCCGAAUGGGAAGGCUGGAAUUAUUUGGAUAGCGCUUAUUUUUGCGUAACGUCGCUAUGCAAAAUUGGAAUGGGCGAUCUCGUGCCUGGGUGGACACACGGUGAUCUAACCGCUGAUAGCCAAACCAAAUUGAUAAUAAAUUUUGUUUACUUGUUGCUCGGUAUGGGACUGAUCGCUAUGUGUUAUGACUUGAUGAAAGAGGAUGUUUACGUGAAAGCUCGGGAAAUGAAAGAACAGUUCCUGGAGAUUGUUGAUGCCACUCAUUACCAGCUCGAAAUGUGCUGCAAAUCGGAAAUACCGAAUUAAUUCUAAUGAACACUUUUGUCGUUGAACAAUUAAGCACGAAUGUCUUUCAGAAAGGUAAUUGCAACAAGACGUAUAUUUAGAUAUAGGUAUGUUGUAAAAUUCUACAUACGUGUAUUAAAUACAAACUAAAGAUUCAUAUAUCGGACGUAAACUUAUAAGAUUUUGGAUUAAGACGUUCAUUCUUCUUUCUUUAUUUAAUUCUCGUCGCUUAAAAAAUCGAACAAUAUUGGCAGGAGCAAUAAUGUUAUUUUGUAACAAAUAUAAAUUACGAGUUUUAGAAAUUAACAUAAUUGUAAUAUGUAAAUUUAGUUUAAUUUAACAUUUAUAAGCAGUCUUACAACUUUACUCUUCUCUCUCUUUUUAUCUGUAAAUAUAAUUCCAGUUCUCUUUCCACUGUACACAUCGUUUCACAAAAUCUGAUCGAUACUCCUUAUGUCUUAUUAUCAACGCAGGCUUCUGUUUCAAUUCUAAUUAAUCGAUAUUCUUACAAGUUUAGAGAAGUACGACAGAUAUUUCUAGGAUUCCUGAAACACGAAAGCGUCAAGACUAUAAUCUUUAGAAUGAGUUUCAAUUCUACUUUUGUGAGCAAUUUACAUAAUAUGAUACACGAGCUUGGUAGUACACAAAAAUUGGAAUAAACUCGGUACUUUGAAUAUUCCCUAUUAUUGUUAAUGACUGUCUUCCAUCUUGCGGGCAGUAUAGCAGUAGAAAAAUAGCUUUAAUACAAUAAAGUCUUCGAUGUAUGUAUUUUCGUGCAUCACCGGGUGUGUUUAAAUGUUGAUCGGUAAAAUGGUGUUUUAACGAUCUAAACAAACAAUAAUAUUAUUUGGUGCUACGUGUGCAGAGUAUGUGCAGAGUAAAAAUGUAUAAUUCAAGCUGAAAAUUAAAGAUAUAUGGAAGUGAUAAAACACACACAGAUACACACAUAAAAGUAUAGAUGUAUAUGAUAAUUAUAAAAUUUGUUGCCUUCUCACGAAACGACUAAAAUCUAGAUUAGAUGCUAAAUCAUUUCUUUAAUAAAUGUUUCUAUUAUAUUAAGACUGGAUAGUUCUACUACCUAUUUACUUACUUACAAUUACUCAAUCUAAUAACUCUUGAAAUAAAAGGAGUUUUUCAUAAAAUGAUUGUGUUUUAUAUAUAUAUAUAUAAAAAAAAAAAAAAAAAAAAAGGGAGAGAUAUAUUACAGAAAGAAAAUCAAAUCAAAACUAACUGUUUACCAUGAAUUGCAAGAAUAAACAAUGUAGCAUAAGUGCUUAUAUAAAUUAUGUACGAGUAUGAUUAGCGCCCGAUCUGCACCACUAGAUGCCAUCAUAUAAACAUUUCACAUGUUAUCUCCUUUAUCAAAUAAACCGUAAUAACUGAAACGCUGAUAGAAUAAUAUGUGCCCCUGUGCUAUACAAUUAAUAAAACUUUGCAAAUCUUACAAUAGUACAAUAAUAUAAAUAAAGUCCACGUCUAAUUAAAAUUUAGAAGGAUCAAUAAAGAGGCAUCAGAUCAGUGGUGCCGUAGGUCAUGAAUUGUUACAUAUCCGAUAAACACAUGUAGUUCUAUUAACAAAUCUAGUAGCAAACAAUUUAUAUCCAUUCCAAUGAUCUGAUUAACUAGGACACUCAAUAAUCUACGAAUAAAUGUACAAUGGAGUCCCAAUUAUCGAACGUGAUACAGACCGGGCCUACUCGGAUAAUACGGAAAAGUCUAUUAUUGUUCAUAAACCGUAUAAUAAAAUCAUAGGAAAUAUUUUCAUAAUAUAAUAUUGUACAUGUAUUUAGGUGUAAUUCACCUUUUAAUCGAUGAAAGUUUGAUCAAUUGCUUUCGCAAUACCUGACCAUUUACACUUUCUUACUCUUUAUGUUAAGAAUCCGAAAAAAAUAAAGUUAUGGUAAAAUUCAAAGCACCUCGGACAGGACCGGAAGGAUUCGAUAAAACGAGACUCCACUGUACGUAACUCUAGACCCUCAGACUAUCAAUAUAAUAAUCACGUGAAUAUUUCAAGGUUCUGAAUUAAAGAAAUCAAUGCGAAUCGUCAAUACAAUACUGUUAGUGUUAUACUAUGUAGAUGUUGAGAACCCUGAAAUAUUGACAAUAUUAGUGAUUGUCUGGGGACAGCCUUAGGCAUGGACUAUAAGCUAUUAUUCUAAUUCGUUAUAUCAAUUUACCGGAUGUUCUCAUGAGGAAACCCAUGAGAAAUUAUCCCAAGGAAAAUAAAAAGAAAACGAUAAA